AUGCCACAAAGAAAGCGGACAAUGGAGAGCCCCGAACCAACAGAGGAAGUUGAAGUCAAAAAGCCAACUCCGGCUCCAGAGAAGGUGGAAUUCGUGCAGAGAUCGUUGGCAUCAGAUGAGCCAGCUCCAUUCUCAGAUGAGGAAGAGGCCAUUCGAAUCAGAGAGGCGGUUGAUUACUCCAAGAAGAUCACACUAGAAAUUGCGAAAGCAGGCGAAGCUGGAAGACCUGUUCGAAUCUAUGCAGACGGUAUAUACGAUCUAUUCCAUCAUGGACAUGCCAAUCAGCUACGUCAAGUCAAGAAAAUGUUUCCAAAUGUGUACUUGAUUGUCGGCGUUUGUAGUGACUAUGACACUCACAGAUACAAAGGAAGAACUGUAACAUCGGAAACCGAACGAUACGAUGGAGUGCGCCACUGUCGAUACGUAGAUGAAGUGUACAGAGCAUCACCAUGGUUCUGUACCGUGGAGUUCUUGAAAGAGAUGAAAGUCGACUUCAUCGCUCACGACGCUAUUCCAUACGUGGCUCCAGGAGAGGAGGAUCUUUAUGAGAAAUUCCGCAAUGAAGGAAUGUUCCUUGAAACCGAGAGAACUCAAGGAGUUUCCACCAGUGACGUUGUUUGCAGAAUCAUCCGUGAUUACGACAAAUACGUCCGUCGUAACUUGCAGAGAGGAUACUCUGCAAAGGAUCUCAACGUUGGAUUCUUGGCUGCCAGCAAGUACCAGAUCCAGAACAAGGUCGAUUCUUUGAAGAGCAAGGGAAUCGAGUUGUUGUCAACAUGGAAAAGCAAGUCAGAUGAUCUCAUUCGUGAUUUCGUUGGUACCUUCCACAGAGAUGGAGGACUUAAUGCCUUUGGCGGAAGACUGAAGGAAAUUCUUUCUCGGUCUCCAUCUCGUGAAGGAUCUCCAGACAGACUCGAAAAACAAUCCGAAACUCAGGAUGAGGAAGAAGAGGAAGAUCUCGACGAGUACAUUGAUGCUGAGGAAGAAGAAGAGACAACUGUCGAAGACGUCAAGACUUCAGAAAAGCCAACCACCUCAUUGAAGCACUAA